AUGGCAAUGGCGAAUGGUCCAGUUACAAGUGAUGGAAAUUUUCCAGCUCCAGGUAAUAAUAAUUUUGAAGAACUGAGCGCACCACAUUGA